GUUUCUCAGCGUCGAGAUCACAAAUUCUAGGAAUUGAUUUGUCCCUAAACAAUUAAAGUGAUAUAAUGUAUCCAUAAUUUAACACAAGAAAAACAUCCUGAACUAAAAAUUGAGGUGAAGAAGUUCACAGAAAGCAAAGUAUUAAUUAAAAUUUGUAACAUAAAGUAAUGAUUCUUGCAAACUAAAAGUGGCAACUUAAAUCGAUAAUGCAAGAAUGAACCCGGCCCAAGAGAUUAAUUACAGAGGGUCACGGCCCGGCCAUUAAUGGAUAGUUUCAAGAACAAACCCGGCUCGAGGGGUAAAAUUACAGAUUUACACUCCAUAGUUAACAGUCAACGGUCAACGGUCAUCUCUUCUCCAACUCCAACUCCAACUCCAACUCCAACCCUAGAGGAAGACGGACUAUUCUCAUUCACACCGCUGACUCGAACCAAACCGAAAAUGGCGAUCUCUCCUAAAAAUCUCCUGUAUUUCCUCCUAGUUUUCCUCACCGUCGUAUCCGCCUUUCUCUUAACCGCCAGAUCGGAGUCGGAAUCGGACCUCGUUGACGAUCUUCUCUCGCUCCAGUCCCAGUCCAAAUCGGGAGUCAUCCAUCUCGAUGACCGCACCGUCUCUAAGUUCCUCACUUCCACGACAGCACCCCGCCCUUACUCCCUCCUCAUGUUCUUUGAUGCCACUCAGCUCCACGACAAGACCGAGCUCCACCUCAAGGAGCUUCGCCAUGAGUUCGGCCUCCUUGCAUCCUCCUUCAUCGAAAACAACAACCGCUCCACCAAGCUCUUCUUCUGCGACAUCGAGUUCCGGGAGUCGCAGUCCUCGUUUCACCUGUUCGGCGUCAACUCCCUUCCUCACAUCCGUCUUGUCGGUCAAACGGCUAGAUCUGUGAAAGAUGACUCAGAGCCGAUGGAUCAGAGCGACUUCUCACGGAUGGCUGAGUCCAUGGCUGACUUCGUCGAGGCCAGAACUAAACUCACGGUUGGCCCGAUCCAUCGUCCUCCUAUUCUUUCUAAGAGGCAGCUCACUCUGGUGGUCGCCGUGUUCAUGAUCUGGUUUCCGUUUGCGCUUAAGAAGAUCUUCACCGGAGAGACCCUGCUGCACGAUCCCAAGAUCUGGCUUGCUGGAGCAGUAUUUGUGUAUUUCUUUAGUGUCUCCGGUGCCAUGCAUAAUAUAAUCAGGAAGAUGCCGAUGUUUUUGGUGGACAGAAAUGAUCCUAACAAGCUGAUUUUCUUCUACCAGGGGUCAGGGAUGCAGCUCGGAGCCGAGGGAUUUGCAAUUGGAUUUUUGUAUACUGUGGUGGGAUUGUUGUUAGCGUUUGUCACCCACAUUCUAGUUCGGGUGAGGGAUGCUACUGUGAAGCGUGUAGUAAUGAUUUUUGUGAUGCUUGUUUCAUUAUGGGCGGUUAAUAAGGUGAUUUCUUUGGAUAAUUGGAAGACUGGCUAUGGAGUUCAUGGAUACUUGCCUUCUAGUUGGUUUUAAAGCGUCAUCAGCAGCAUCUAUGAGAUUGAUAUGGCGACAUCUUGAAUCAGGUCAUGCAUAUCAAAGUGCAUUAGCUAUGAUUAUCAAGCAAUAGAGAAGAGGCUUUGAGGUUACUUAUCAAUUUCUGUAUAUCUUGAGUUUCCUCAACUGUGUUGACUUUAUGGAAUAAACUUAAGUCCAUAAUGUCUCUUUCAGCAAGUCUUUAAUGGAGAUCUUGUGCCUCAGCAAACUACAGAACAAAAGAGUUUGCUUGAAUUUCUCUUAUUCUAAAUGCGAUUCAACUCUACAGCUGAAUCAACAGUUUUAAAUGUUUCUUUGAAUCUUCUGAAGAAGGUCUUUUUAGUUUUUGCAGAGGAUUCCUUCACUCAUAAGGACUUCUUUCAAAGCCUUUGCUAGUGUUUCAAUAGUGGGGUGCAAUCUGCAUAUUACUUGGCAGUUUCAAUUGUUCUAGGAUGUAAAUCACUACUUGUUUUCUGCUCUGUUCCAGAUAGAAGCUGUGAAAGGGAAUGAGGAGAUUAAAGUAGGAGGUUAAGAAGAAUUGGCUGACUGAUGACGACUAGUACACCAGUGGGUGUAGAGAAGCUUUGGUGAUGUUUAAGAAGAUUGCUAGUGAUUGUACUUGGUGGAACUAGAAAAUAGUGAUCUGCAGCCUACAAAAUUGAUAUU